AUGGAGCAAACUUGAACGAGUCUGGGUUGAUUUCCAAUCACAUCAAUACAAUGCAUCUUUCCAAGUGGUCGAAAUACUUCAGCUUCACGUCGUCUCGCGAUUGGUUCUACCGCCUCAUGUUCGGCAACGCCGGCCUCCGUUCAGUCAAGACCGAUCUCGGCGAAGGCACCGUCAUGCACUGUUGGGUACCCAAAACCCACCACGCCUCAAGGCCCAACAUCCUUCUGGUUCACGGAUUCGGUGCCAACGCGAUGUGGCAAUACGGCGACCAUCUCCGCCAUUUCACAUCUCGAUUCAACGUCUACGUGCCGGACCUUAUCUUCUUCGGGGAAUCGUACACGACCAGGAGGGAGCGCACGGAGUCGUUCCAGGCUCAAUCGGUGAUGAAAAUGAUGGAGGCGCAUGGGGUACGCAGAAUGAGCUUGAUCGGGAUAAGUUACGGUGGGUUCGUGGGGUACAGCAUGGCGGCCCAGUUCCCGGAUAAUAUGGAGAAGUUGGUGCUGUGCUGCGCCGGGGUUUGCUUGGAAGAGAAGGAUUUGGAAGACGGGUUCUUUAAUGUAAAGGAUUUGGACGAGGCUUUGAGUAUAUUGUUGCCGCAGACGCCUGAGAAAUUGAGGGAAUUGAUCAAGUUUUCAUUCGUCAGACCCAUAGACAAGUGGGUGCCAAGCCUUUUCCUGUCGGAUUUCAUUGAUGUAAUGUGUACUGAACAUCUAGAAAAGAAAAGAGAGCUGCUGGUGACAAUACUAAAAGAUAGAAAAGUGAGCAACAUUCCUAAGAUCACACAGAGCGUAUUAAUAAUCUGGGGUGAAGAAGAUAAGAUAUUCCCAUUGGAGCUUGGCCACAGAUUGAAAAGGCAUGUGGGGGAUAAUGCAAAGAUUGUAGUGAUAAAGAACGCAGGGCAUGCGGUUAACAUUGAGAAGCCGAAGGACUUCAUCAAGCACUUGAAAGCUUUCAUCUUUGAUUCACCUAACCAUCCUUCCCUUCUGCCCCUUUUUGAUUCUUUCUGGUCUUAA